AUUCGUGAAUUUCUCCACUUGCACAUGAAACCCGUAGACCAGUAAAAGACAAAGAUGGAUAUUGGAAUAAUACUGCUGAGUGCAGUCCUCGGACUGAUUGCUUAUGUGUUCUAUUUAAUGCGUAGCAGUCUGAAGCAUUGGCAGAAUCUGGGAAUACCAUGUGAGGAGCCUCAUCUGCUGAUGGGAAAUUUGGAAGGCGCUCGGGUGAAACGUUCCUUUCCAGAGGUCUGGCUGCGUUAUUAUGCUAAGUUCAAGGGAACGGGACCUUUUGCUGGCUUCUACUGGUUCCGAACUCCAGCUGCAUUCGUCUUGGAACCCUUUUUGGCAAAGCAUAUUUUAAUCAAGGAUUUCAAUAAAUUCACCGAUCGAGGAUUCUUCCAUAACCCUGAGGACGAUCCAUUGUCGGGGCAGCUUUUCCUUUUGGAUGGUCACAAAUGGAAAUCCAUGAGAAAUAAGCUCUCAUCAACAUUUACGUCUGGUAAAAUGAAAUUCAUGUUUCCCACAGUCGUGAAAGUCGGCGAAGAAUUCGUUAAAGUUUUUAACGAUACGGUUACAAAGAGUUCAGUAAUUGAAGUGAGGGAUCUCUUGGCUCGGUUCACAACGGAUGUGAUUGGAACUUGCGCUUUCGGUAUUGAGUGCAGUAGUCUCAAGAACCCGGAUACAGAGUUUCGAUUGAUGGGACGUCGAGUCAUAACCGAGCAGCGUCAUGGCUUACUGGGAAUUAUAAUAAGGAAUUGUUUUCCAAAAUUCGCACAACGCAUACGCAUGAAAAUGACUCCUGCAGAUAUCGAGGAAUUCUUUAUGGGUAUCGUAAAGGAAAAUGUUUCGUACAGAGAGAAAAAUAAUAUACGGCGCAAUGAUUUCAUGGAUCAGUUGAUUGACCUGAAAAACAAUCGCUUAUUGAAAUCUGAGACGGGCGAGAGCAUGAAUUUGACCAUAGAAGAGGUAGCUGCCCAAGCAUUUGUCUUCUUUACCGCUGGAUUUGAAACCUCUUCAACGACAAUGGGAUUCGCGUUAUAUGAACUAGCUCAGCGGCAGGACAUUCAGGAUCGAGUGAGGAAAGAGAUUAAUGAAGUUCUAGCCAAGCAUAAUGGAGAGUUAACCUACGAGGCUCUAAAGGAGAUGACCUAUCUAAAUCAGAUUAUAUCGGAAACUCUUCGUCUGUGGACUGUUUUGCCUGUGUUGAAUCGCGAAUGCCUGGAAGACUUUGUUAUACCAGGCUAUCCGAAUUAUGUUAUCAAAAAGGGGAUGGCAGUUAUAAUUCCCGCUGGUGCGAUGCAUCGUGACGAGGCGCUGUAUCCCAAUCCGAACGAAUUUAAUCCGGACAACUUCGAACCCGAGCGAGUGAAGAGCCGUGACUCUGUGGAGUGGCUGCCAUUUGGUGAUGGACCUCGCAACUGCAUUGGUAUGCGAUUUGGAGAAAUGCAGGCUCGCAUAGGUCUAGUGAAGCUGCUAACGAAGUUCAGAUUCUUGGUAUGUGAGCAAACGCCUAUCCCCAUUAAAUAUGAUAUUAUGAGUUUUCUGGUGUCAAGUGCUUCGGGUAUCCAUCUAAAGGUGGAGAAAGUGUAAACGGCUACAAACUCUAUUGUAAUUAUAUAUAGAAAUAAAAAUUACGUAAAAAUGUA